AUGGAGUCGUCGAGAGGACCCCCGCGGGUCAAGAACAAGGCCGCGGCGCCGGUUCAGAUCAGUGCCGAACAACUGCUUCGCGAGGCGGUUGAUCGCCAGGAAGUCGGCAUCCAGGCUCCGACGCAAAAAUUUUCCGACUUGGAGGAACUCCACGAGUAUCAAGGGAGGAAGCGCCGCGAGUUCGAGGACUACGUGCGCCGGAACCGCGUCAACCUCAAAAACUGGACACAGUACGCUCAGUGGGAGUUGGAGCAGAAGGAGUUUGCGCGCGCGAGGUCCGUUUUCGAGCGCGCUCUCGACGUCCUCCCUCACAAUGUCGUCCUAUGGAUCCGCUAUAUCGAGGCGGAGAUGAAGUCGCGAAACAUCAAUCACGCCCGAAACCUGCUGGAUCGCGCCGUCACCAUACUACCACGCGUCGACAAGCUCUGGUACAAGUAUGUGUACAUGGAGGAAAUGCUGGGCAACAUCCCCGGCACCCGACAGGUGUUUGACCGGUGGAUGCAGUGGCAACCCGACGAAGUGGCCUGGAGCGCCUACAUCAAGCUGGAGAAGAGGUACGGCGAAUAUGACCGAGCCCGUGCCAUCUUUCGAGACUUCACCAUGGUCCACCCGGAACCUCGCAACUGGAUCAAAUGGGCCAAGUUUGAGGAGGAGCACGGCACCAGCGAGCUGGUGCGCGGCGUGUUUGGCGGCGCUGUUGAGGCCUUGGGCGACGACUUUGUCGACGAAAGGCUCUUCAUCGCCUACGCCCGGUUCGAGUCCAAGUUGAAGGAGUACGAGCGCGCCCGGGCGAUUUACAAGUAUGCGCUGGACCGGCUGCCGAGGUCGAAAUCGACGCUGCUGCACAAGGCCUACACCACGUUUGAGAAGCAGUUUGGCGACGAGGACGGGGUCGAGGACGUCGUCCUGUCCAAGCGAAGGGUGCAUUACGAGGAACAGGUCAGGGCCAAUGGCAAGAACUACGACGCGUGGUUUGACUAUGCCGGAUUGGAAGAGACGUCCAGAGACGCGGACCGGAUCCGAGACGUGUACGAGAGAGCCAUUGCCCAAGUGCCGCCUACCCACGAGAAGCGACACUGGCGACGGUACAUUUACCUGUGGAUAUUCUACGCCAUCUGGGAGGAGCUGGAGGGCCAGGACGUUGAGCGCACGCGGCAGAUAUACGCCACGUGCCUGAAGCUGAUACCUCACGACAAGUUCACCUUUGGCAAGAUUUGGCUCCUGGCGGCCCAGUUCGAGCUUCGCCAAGGCCAGCUCACGGCCGCGCGGAAGCUGCUGGGGCGGGCCAUGGGCAUGUGCCCCAAGGACAACAUCUUCAACGGCUACAUCGAGCUGGAGCGCAAGCUUUUCGAGUUUGUGCGGUGCCGCACGCUGUACGAGAAGCACAUUGAAUACAACCCGGCCAACUGCCAGACGUGGAUCAGGUUCGCCGAGCUGGAGCGCGGGCUGGACGAUCUGGACCGGACCCGGGCCAUCUUUGAGCUGGCCGUGAGCCAGGAGCAGCUAGACAUGCCGGAGCUCCUGUGGAAGGCGUACAUUGACUUUGAGGAGGAGGAAGGCGAGUACGAGCGGACGCGGGAGCUGUACAAGCGCCUGCUGGAGAAGACGGACCACGUCAAGGUGUGGAUCAGCUACGCCCACUUUGAGGUCAACAUCCCCGAGGACGACGAGGACGAGCAGGAGGAGCAGCCGCUCAGCGAGGCGGCCAAGGCCCGCGCCCGCAGGGUGUUUGAGCUCGCCCACAAGAGCAUGCGCGACAAGCAGCUCAAGGACGAGCGGGCGUCGCUGCUCAACGCCUGGCUGUCGUUUGAGAAGGAGCACGGCUCGGCCGAGGACGUUGACAAGGUGCAGAAGCAGAUGCCGAGGCGGACCAAGAAGAGGAGGAGGUUGGACGACGACACGUUUGAGGAGUACUUUGACUACGUCUUCCCGGCGGACGACCAGCAGGCCCGGAACAUGACGAACCUCAUGGCCAUGGCGCAGCAGUGGAAGCAGACGGGCGAUUUGGCGGGCUCAUAG